AUGAGUGUUUCCGAAGAUUUAUCCCAUCUACAUCUCCCUCCAGAUGUCCUGGAAAGGCUGGCCGAGCUCGAUCUCGAGCUGGCCGAAGGCGACAUCACUCAGAAAGGCUAUGAAAAGAAGCGUCGCCGGCUGCUCCAGCCUUUCUUGGACACCACGGAGUCUUCCGCGCUAUUGGGGAAAUCGACUCCGAAGCCUUCUUCAAAAAUUCCAGUUGCCACUCGCAGAAGCCGCGUCACCCGGAACGAAUCGAGAUACCAUUCGGAGGUUCGACAUGAGGCUGUCCAGCACGCUUUAGCCCAAGCCAAGGCUCAGGAUAGGGCGAACAGGGCCCCCAUGCCGUCCAAACGGAAGAAUUCUAUGGCUGCCAGCCAGCAUGCCAAUGUGUACAGAAAUCUACAGCAUGCAGAUAGUUCGUCCGACGAGGACAGCGCGACAGGCCGUCCACUGUUGUCGUCGUCACCCUCGACGGCAACUUCGCACGAGUCUCUCCAUACCCCUUUAUCCGGUAUCAGCGGAGAUCAGCCCCCACCACUGCCACCUACUCCGAGGCAGCGACUGCCUCCACCCGACGUCACGCAGACAUCGAGCUCAGCAGCGCAAGGCAGACAGUCGUUACAAGCGAGUUCGGGAUCGAGCAGAGACAGGGAUUGCGACAGCAACAGAGGAGAUCAGGUAGACGGACCCGUGGACGGUGCGCGGUGGAAGGUUUCCGCAAAAAUCCAGCAACUGUUACAAACACUCAAAAGGCCAAAGAAAAAGACUCUCCCCGAGUUCUACCAAGAUGACGAAUCAUUUUACUGCAGUACGAACCAGGCUCAAGUCGCGGCUCCUCCUUUGGAAGGACCCGAGAUGGAACCCGUGGUCGGCGAAAAGCUCGAGCUGCCCGCAGGUUUACCAAUGUCCAUCGAGGCUGCUCUUCAGCGCUACGGGACGUCGACAAUGAAAGCCCCUGCCGCCACUGUUCUGGACAACGCCGGGAAAGUGGGCACGACCCUUCUUUACGGCAAACUGUGGUCUCGCGCGAGGAAAAUAGCCUUCGCCCUGCUGAACCGCUUCGGAAAAGGUUCGAAAGGCGCCGAAGGCUGCGUUAUCAAAGUCGGCGAUCGGGUCGCGUUGGUUUAUCCCAACAACGAUCCGCUGGGCUUCAUGUGCGCCUUCUACGGAUGCCUGACGGCGGGUGUCGUCCCUGUCGCGAUCGAGGUUCCCUUGUCGCGGAGAGAUAGCUCAACCCAGCAACUCGGCUUCCUACUCGGUAGUUGCAGUAUAUCCCACGCUUUGACGUCGGAAGCUUGCUACAAAAGUUUGCCGAAGUCGUCCACAGGGGAAGUUCACAACUUCAAGGGCUGGCCUCGACUUGAAUGGUUUGUCACAGAGCAUCUCACCAAGCCUCCCAAAGAUUGGCAGCCACCCCCGCGACAUGCGGAUAGCACCACAGCCUAUAUCGAGUACUACGUCGAUAAAGAAGGAUCGAUGAAAGGAGUCGCCGUAACACGGCAGAGCCUAGUCAGCCACAGUAGGGCGCUCACAGCUGCUUGUGGAUACACAGAAGGCGACGUUAUGGUCUGCGUCGUGGACUAUAAAAGAGAAAUGGGACUGUGGCAUUGUGUACUCACAAGUGUUCUCAACGGCAUGCACGUUGUGUUCAUACCGUACUCAUUGCUGAAAAUGAAUCCUGCUGCUUGGAUGCUUUCAAUACCCCGAUUCAAGGCCACGAUCGCUGUGUGCAAGAGCCGCGAUCUUCAUUGGGGUGUUCAGGCCACGAGAGAUAAUAAGGAAGUGAAUUUGUCAACGCUCAGAUUACUAUUGGUCACCGACGGAGCCAAUCCAUGGUCCUUGUCGUCGUGCGACGAGUUCAUCGCUACCUUCCACUCGAGAGGGUUACGGCCAGAGACCGUUUGCCCAUGCGCUUGCUCUCCCGAAGGUCUCACGGUGUCAGUACGUCGACCGGGGAGAGUGGGCGCGGGAUCCUCUGGACGAGGAGUCCUAUCGAUGUCGGCUCUUUCUUGUGGCGUGAUCAGAGUCGACCUGGAAAACUCAUUGACUUCGCUGACGAUACAAGAUUGUGGUCACAUACUCCCGGAAUGCACAGCUGUCGUUGUUAAACUUGACGGCCCACUGCAAGUCUGUCGGACAGACGAGAUUGGAGAAAUUUGUAUUAGCUCAACGACUGCCGCUUCUUCGUAUUGGGGUCUUCAGGGAUUAUCUCAGAGCAUUUUCAAAGUUCAACCCGUGAACGGAAGUGGGAAAGCCGUCGCUAGCGGCAACUUCGUACGCACCGGUCUCCUCGGGUUCAUCGGUCCUGGUGGUCUGGUGUUCAUCUGCGGGAGCAGAGAAGGACUCAUACAGGCCGGAGGCAGGCAGCACAACACCGAUGACCUCAUAGCGACGAUUCUUGCCGUGGAGCCCGUGAAAUUCAUUUACCGAGGACGUAUUGUUGUUUUUGGUGUGAAAGUUCUUCGCGACGAGAGGGUUGUCGUCGUCGCCGAACAGAGACCCGAGUGUUCUGAAGAAGAAUCAUUCCAGUGGAUGAGUCGAGUUCUUCAGGCCGUCGACAGUAUUCAUCAGGUGGGAAUCUUCUGCCUUGCGUUAGUACCGCCGAGCAACUUGCCCAAGACACCGUUAGGAGGCAUCCACCUGCCGGAGACGAAACGUCGUUUCCUGGAGGGCUCAUUGCAUCCGGCCAAUAUCCUCAUGUGCCCUCAUGCCUGUGUUACUAAUCUACCGAAACCGCGCGAACCUCAAAUCGUGGGACCCGCGUCGGUACUGGUGGGCAGCAUUGUCCAAGGUGUUCGACUCGCUUCAGCCAGUGGUCGCGAAUUGGGACCCCUGUCCGAUUCAGCGGAAGAAGAGGUGUGCAAAUACCAAUAUAUCGGAGAGAUCCUCAAGUGGAGAGCGCUAUCGACUCCGGAGCAUGUGCUCUUCACGUUGGUCAACUCGAGCUCGAAACCGGGAGCACCACCUCAGUUAACCACGUUGAGCUGCCUUCAACUGUAUAAGAAAGCCGAGAAAAUUGCCUCAAUGUUGAUGGAUAAGGCGAAGGUUGGUAGGGUGAACACCGGGGACAAUGUCGCCCUCCUGUACUCCGCGGGCUUGGAGCUGAUAUGUGCCUUUUACGGCUGUCUGUACGCGGGUCUGAUCCCAGUGCCGAUACGUCCGCCGCAUUCUCAAAAUCUGGCUACGACUCUGCCCACCGUUCGUAUGAUCGUGGACGUUAGCCAAUCGGCGCUAUUACUAACCACGUCUCAAAUGAUCAAACUGCUCAAAAGCAAGGAUGCCACGGCGCUGGUUGACGUGAGAUCGUGGCCAACGAUGAUGGACACGGAUGAUCCUCCCAAACUGAAAAAAGGUCUACAAUUGUAUCGGGCUCCGUCGCCAGACCUGAUUGCCUACGUCGACUUCAGCGUCAGUACCACAGGCAUGCUAACCGGCAUCAAGAUGUCUCAUGCAGCUACGACCUGGCUGUGUAGAAGCAUGAAACUCGCCUGUGAGCUGUACCCGUCGCGACACGUGUGCCUAUGCCUCGAACCCUAUUCGGGUCUGGGCUUGGCGCUAUGGUGUCUGAGUUCUGUCUAUGCAGGACAUCAUACGAUGCUCGUACCUCCUUCCGAGGUUGAAGUCGCCCCUCACCUUUGGCUAGCAGCCCUGAGCCAACAUCAAGUGAGGGACACGUUCUGUUCCUAUGGAGUCAUGGAACUGUGUACGAGGGGACUGGGUACAUCGAUACAGGAGCUCAAGCAACGCGGCCUCAAUCUGAGUCGUGUGCGGACUUGCGUCGUCGUGGCCGAAGAGCGACCACGAACUGUACUAACGCAGACUUUUACGAAACUCUUCUCCGCCAUCGGACUAUCUACCCGAGCCGUUUCAACCUCGUUCGGAUGCAGGGUCAACGUUGCCCUCUGCUUGCAAGGAGCUUCGUCUCCAGAUCCGUCUUCUGUCUACGUGGACAUGCGCGCCUUGCGCAACGACAGGGUCACAAUCGUCCAACGAGGAUCCCCUCAUUCGCUGUGUUUGCUCGAGUCGGGCAAGCUCUUGCCCGGUGUCAAAGUAGUAAUCGCCAAUCCGGAAACGCUCGGCCAAUGCGGGGACUCGCAUCUGGGUGAAAUUUGGGUUCAGAGUAAUCACAACGCCAACGGCUACUUCAAGGUCGGCGAUGGCGCAGAUCACGACGCCAUAUUCAAAGCCAAAUUGAGUGCAGGGGAAGUGCAAACGCCAUUUGCCAGAACUGGCUAUCUCGGAUUCCUACGGAGGGUUCGCGAUACGAACGGCUCAGAUGAUGGUGAAGACAGCGGUGAAGAAAAUGUGGUCACAGAGUCACGUGGAGACGGUCACGAUGCGGUUUUCGUUGUGGGAGCGCUCGAAGAAACGAUAAUGCUUCGUGGCAUGAGAUACCAUCCAUGCGACAUCGAAGCCACCAUCCAGAGAUGUCACAAGAAGAUUGCUGAAUGCGCGGUGUUCACGUGGACCAAUCUUCUGGUGACAGUCGUGGAGCUCGAUGGUCCUGAAAACGAAGCCUUAGAUUUGAUCCCAUUGGUGACAAUAGGGGUCCUGGAACAACAUCAAUUGAUAGUCGGCGUUGUCGUUAUCGUGGAUCCCGGCGUGGUGCCAAUCAACUCAAGGGGCGAGAAACAGCGGAUGCAUCUACGAGAUUCGUUCCUGAGUGAUCAGCUGGAUCCGAUCUAUGUUGCGUACAACAUGUGAGCGCCUUAGACGCUCAGAACAUUGUGACAUCGAUUAGAUUCGUUGGCUGCGAACGAUCAGAGAAUGGGCCGAUCUCUCAGAAAACGACGCCUCGCCGAACUCCGAUUGCCUCAUAAAUAGACUUAUAUUCGACGGAGAUUCCGGACGACCUACAUAGAUAGAGUUAAACGUUGCUCCCAGAAGAAGCCAGAGGGCGGAGGGAGGGGAGAAGCUCUCCCCGAAUCGUCAAUCACUUUUAGAUUGAAGUGCAAAUCGAUGCCACUCUAUUUUGCGACGACCAUCGAUCAGCAGGAUAUACUCGGGAAACGUAGAGAGGAUAUCGGCAGACGACUCAGACCUUGAGGAGAAAGAAAUCAAAUGGCAAUAUGUCUCUUUUUCGAUCAAUCAGUUAUUUCAUGAUUCAUUAAUUUACUAAUUGUUGAAGUAAUUCGUUUCGAUCAUGUGUUUUGCGAGCAGAAGAGCACAGCGCGGAUCGACUCGACGAUCAGAUCGUCCAUUUCGCUUUCAUCGACAGUAUCAGUAUAUUUAUUUUUCUACCGUGCCCAUCGAACACUAUCCGGAACGCGGUCGAGUCAGUGGGAGUGUGGCGGUUACUUUAAGUGAAUCCAUGCGGAAGUCGUCAUAUCGGCGGCGCGCCGAAGUCAUGUCGAUGCAGAAUUCAACCCAAAAAUCGAGCAGCUCCGACCGAUGGGUGGGAGUGAGGUUCACACAGCAGUCAGCAACGUGUUGGUGCUAAAUCUUGUUUCCUAUGUCGACUCCUUAUUUAAGCUAUUUCCCGUCAUCACAUGGAAGUUCAAGCCGAACUUGACUGAUUCUUC